UAAUUUGUAUUUUUCUGUUGAACUCCAGGUGUCUUGCGUACUGUGGUAGAGGCAGCUAAAUCUGGAGUGUCUGUCCUCAGCGUAUGUGAGAAAGGAGAUGUCAUGAUCAUGGAAGAAACUGGCAAAAUCUUUAAGAAAGAGAAAGAUAUAAAGAAAGGUAUUGCCUUUCCCACAAGUAUAUCAGUAAAUAACUGUGUCUGUCACUUCUCGCCCUUGAAGAGUGACCAGGAUUACAUCCUUAAAGAUGGUGAUUUAAUAAAAAUUGACUUGGGAGUCCAUGUGGAUGGCUUCAUAGCAAAUGUAGCACAUACCUUUGUCAUUGAGGCAUCGAAAGAAACUCCAGUGACGGGUCGCAAAGCUGAUGUCAUAAAAGCCGCUCACCUCUGUGCUGAAGCUGCCCUGCGCUUGGUCAAGCCAGGAAACCAGAAUUCACAAGUAACGGAUGCCUGGAACAAGAUUGCUCAUUCGUUUAACUGCACACCAAUUGAAGGGAUGCUAUCACACCAGCUAAAACAGCAUGUGAUAGAUGGAGAGAAGACCAUCAUCCAGAACCCUACAGACCAACAAAGAAAGGACCAUGAAAAAGCAGAGUUUGAGGUUCAUGAAGUAUAUGCCAUUGAUGUUCUUAUCAGCACUGGAGAAGGAAAAGCCAAGGAUGCUGGGCAAAGAACUACCAUUUACAAAAGGGACCCUUCCAAACAGUAUGGUUUGAAAAUGAAAACUUCCCGUGCCUUUUUUAGUGAGGUGGAGAGACGAUUUGAUGCUAUGCCUUUCACUCUCAGGGCAUUUGAGGAUGAAAAGAAGGCCAGGAUGGGUGUAGUAGAAUGUGCCAAACAUGAGCUGCUCCAGCCCUUUAAUGUCCUCUAUGAGAAAGAAGGCGAGUUUGUGGCACAGUUUAAGUUCACGGUGCUUUUAAUGCCCAACGGCCCCAUGAGAAUAACCAGUGGCCCCUUUGAGCCUGAACUCUACAAAUCAGAAUUUGAAGUUCAAGAUGCCGAUCUGAAGGCACUCCUACAAAGCUCAACAAGCCGUAAAGCCCAAAAAAAGAAGAAAAAGAAGGUAACUUGGCUCUGGGAUGCAUGAUGAUGUAACUCGGUU